GAAAGAGAGAGAGAGUCAAACGAACUCAGACUGAAGACAGAAAGACGGUCGUUGAGAAUUGAAAGCCAUGACUGUAAUAAAUGCAGUGCAGAUCUUCAUGCUGCUGUGGGGUUUCAUCGCAGUCUGCCAAACUGAUGCUGAUGGCUGCAAUGUGAGCUGUAAUAAUGUGACUGGAGCUGUGAGGAAAGAAGUGAUUUUCAAUUGCAGCUUCUCUGAACAGUGCACUGAAGACUGUGCCAAACUGUAUAAGUUUCAGUAUCCUCAGAAAUAUAAUGACUCUGCAAUCUAUAGAGAAGGGUCUGCUGAUGACCCCUGUAAGAAGAAGAAAACCUUCACAUGCAGAUACACUCCAGAUACAGCAAUAAAGGAAACAUUCAGAUUCUUUGUGCAAACUAAUAGUUCACGAAAAACAGCAGGAUUCACUGUGGAUAUAUCAGAGCAUGAAUCACUCAUAAAUGUUGCCGGACCAGAUCCGUCUAGUGUUCCUGAGGAUCCUAGACACGAGAAUACUCCUGUUUCUGCAAUCUCUGCGGGUGUGGGCUGCAUCAUCAUCAUCAUCAUCAUCAUCAUCAUAUUGACCAUCAUUAUCAUCUAUAAAAAGAAGACAGGUGGAUGUCAGAAAAUGAUGUCUCUGGUUACCAGACAGAAGGAUCAUGACAGUGAUACAGAAAAAACUGCAAAAUCAUUUUGAAGAUUAAUUUUAAUGUGGUGCUCCAGAAAAGAUCAGCUUAAUCUGAACUGCAGGAAAUACAGGAGUCUCUGUUAGACCUCAAACCACAUGAACCUGAUCUUUUCAAAUCUGAUUUGUGCCACUUUCAGAUGUGGUGUCAAAUCCGGCACAGAUCUGUAAUGUGAACGGUUAUAUCAAAAUUCAGUUCAAUUCUUAUUAUUACAAGCACCUUAUUCCUCUUCAGUGGCUGCUCAUUAACCCUUUAUGAUUCACGUAUGCUGUCAAACUGAUGAGGAUCUUUUCCUAGUUUGUUUUUUGUAAUUGCACGUGUUUUCUUAAAUUGCAGCAUGUUAAGCUCUCUCUGUCAUGGUAUAAACCUCCUAUAGGAUUAUUUAUUAUUAAGUAAUUUACACACAUCUUUAAUUCUAACAAUUUAAACAACUAAUUUCUAAUAACUACUUUCUUUUUUCUUUGCCACAAUAGCAAUACAUAAUACUUUACAGGAUGUGGACCAGACAUCUUUUUUUACAGUAGCUAAACAUAAGUUAGGAGUGAACUUGUUGGAGCAACCACUGCAUUUUAUCUUAAUUCCACCCAAAUUUGAGCUCUUUAUUGUGAUUAAGCUCAUAAUUUUAUCAUGAUGAAUGUUUAGUUUGAUGUUUAUUUAGCAUGACACCAAGACCAACAUAUUUAAUUCAUAACUCUGUACAUGAAACAGUGAAGCAAGCCCAGAUACCUCACUAAAUGCAGUGAUGUCUAACUCUACUGUAGUUUUCAAAUGGCUGUGCAAGUAGUAUAUCGUGCUGUCUUGAGCAUUUUCUCAGUGGCUUUGGUGCUUUUCUCACAACACUAUUUACAUUUGCACAACAGUUCAUGCAUUUCUCAAAACAAUUAGUCAUUUGUGCACAUCACAGUAGCAGUUUCUCAUUCCUUCCAACAAAUUGCAAGCGCUUUUAGACGUGCAUCAAUUGCUUUCAUACAACUCUCUGCUGUUUUAUAACAUUAUCAUCUGCUUAUGUCAUGUCAGUCAAAAUUAUCUGAACUUGUGAAUGCUGAAGAGUCAUUCCAUAUAAAACUAACAGUCCUCAUUUCAUUACUUGAGUCAUUUCAAGAGUUCACACUUAGCUCUUGACUUACGAAGCUUGUUUGGCAUGCUGUCCCGGGAGAGAGAGCCCUGAGCCCUGAGCCCUCGAGUCCAGGGCUCCCUCCCUUUGCAGGGCGAGGGGAGAUUGAGCUCAGGGUGAUCUCAAGGCUCCCCCGCAGCUAAGGCCAAGAUGAACUCCCUUAGAGCGAGAUGUCUAGUAGAACAGACUUGAGAGCCUAUUUGGCUUUGAGAAAAACCGGGGGACCCCGGGAAAACCCCUGUGGACGCGUGCCAGCUCCACCCAGAAAUGCCGGAUGCUAUGGCAAGGAGCCAGAACCGAUGGAAUUCCUGCUGGUCGCUGGGCCACCUAUACUGGAUAAAGGUGGAAGGAGGGGAGGGGGGGGGGUUCUUCAAGACGAAGAUAGUUGCAAAGAGAAAAGAGGAUAUAUAUAUAUAUAUAUAGGAACUUAUGAUGCUUUGAUUGGAGGGUUGUGAUUAGCUAAUAUGAGCCAGCUGGGUUAAUCAUGAGCACGUACUCCUCUCGAAAUUAGUUUAAGAUAUUAAACUUCACUACAUACAAAAAUCGAAUCUAGAUCUAAUCUAAUCUUUUUUUUUCUGAAGGUUUGAACGUCUAAUUUGAACAGUUUGAUGAAUGAUUUACAGACCUGUGUAUGUUGUAGGUUCAGUUCCAAUAUGUACUGGAGUAUUGUUUACAGUUGUGCACAGCUCUACCCAAAGGAAGUGUAUGUAUGUUGUAAAUAAGGCUGUAUUUAUUCAUUUGCACAAUGCUGUCAUUAAAUUAGAAUUGCAAAGACAUCCGCAGUAAAAAUGUGAAACAUAUUCAGUGUCUUGUACUCAGAUACCUCACUAAAUACAGUGAUGUCUAACUUUACUGUGGUUUUCGAAUGGCUGUGCAAAUAGUAUAGAGUUCUGUCUUGAGCAUUUUCAGGAAGUGUCACCAAAAUCUGACUUUAUUGCAUUGGAAAAUGUACAGAGUAAUCUGUCAUAAUGAAAACAUGACGUAGCCAUUUGACCAUCUUGUUCAUAAACAAUGGUGUCAGGACUUUUCAUCUUGCUCACAUUGACACUUUCACUGACAUCAAUACUUGCUUUCGAGGAAUGAUCUCUCCAUUUUGAGCAAGUGACGUGCUUUUGCAGGUUAUCAACUAGGUAAUAAUCAUCUAGGCUAAUUGUUUUGAGAAAUGCAAUGUUGUGCAAAUGUAAAUUGUGUUGUGAGAAAUGCACCGAAGCCACUGAGAAAAACGGCAAAAUGAGCUGAAACGAUGCAAUUAUUAAGGUUUUUAUUUGCAACAACUUAUUUUUUAUGUUCAAUACACUUAGAUUUGUAAAAGCUACAGUACAACAUCAAAACAUGCCUUUUCAAAGUAUUAGACAAGGUUGUAUUCAUGCAACUGCUUUCUUUUUUUUUUAGAUCUACAUGGGUCUCAAGAAAGGUGGCUGUAAAUCUAGUCAAAGCACUGAAACCUCCAACCCAGGCUCAUUCCGAGAACGUAGUCCCGGGGACGUUUCUGGAGACCGCGAAAUACGUCCCGGGAGGUACGUAUUUGUGCAGUUUUUGUUUUCGCGAGUCCGCGAGAGGCCGCUGUGCGCGCUUUUUCCCGCGCCGUUCUCGCGUAAACCCGCUAGAGGCCGCUGUCGAACGACCUUCCGCCCGUCUGCCUGUCUUCACGACGGAAUGAUUGACCGUGCGACCGGCCAAUCGGCUGACCCGCCCUCCUCCGUCCCCAAACCCAACCAACGACGGUUCACAAAAGCCGUCCAGAAAAAGAAAAGCCCUCAUCCGGUUUUUACCACGUUUUUGGAUUUUGACCACAUUCUCACCCUGUGACGAACUUGUUCGCUUCAUUUUUUGGAUUUUGUUUUCUUACCUGAUUCCUGGAACCGCUCUUCCCCGGACUCGAACCCGGUCGUCGUCGUGGUCAGCCCCUCUCUGCGCCUCGAGUACACGAAGAGCUAACCGGACAAACUGGUUGCAGCGGGAAAGCCCUCCACACGGAGGCGAGCGGCCGGCUGGCCGGCCGGCGAGCGCCGAAGGGAACGGCGUCACACCGCCCCGCAGCGUUCGCUUAAAAAAAUGAAAUGCAGUCGUACGUACCCCCGGCUACGUAUUUCGCGGUCUCCAGAAACGUCCCCGGGACUACGUUCUCAGAAUGAGCCUGGGUUGGAAACCUCCCUCACUUAAAAAAUAUGUUUUGCUACUUGUUCAAACUACUUAUUUAAAAUGAGUCAACACAAUUCUUAAGGAUUUUUUUGGGGGGUAGGG